CGGUCAGUGAGUCGUGGAGCGGCUGCUGGAGGGAGGACAGGCGAGAGGAGGAUACUACACAGCACUAAACAAACAAACUGGUGGCACCAACUGAUUCAUGUAUCACCACCAGUGUCCUGUUCAUCCUCCUCAUCAUCAGGCACCUGUAGGAGCUGGACUAUGGCUGCCGUGGCUGUCCUAAGGAAUGACUCUCUCCAGGCUUUCCUACAGGACAGAACUCCUAGUGCAUCCCCAGAUGUUGGUAAGCACUCGCCCUUGGCUCUCCUGGCAGCUACGUGUAGUCGAAUUGGCCAUCCAGGUACAAGUCCUACUGAUUUUAUUCAACUUCCUUAUGACCCAACAAUUGGAUCUCCAUCUAGGAUUUUCCACCCAUGGACUAAUGAAAUACCUACACAUUCCACUGGUGGAAUUCAACCUCACAAUGGCAUUGGACUUAACACCUCAAAAACACAACUUGCCUCUCACAUCCAGUCUUCCUUUGUUACUCAUGAAUUACCGUUGACUCCACCGGCAGAUCCUUCGUAUCCAUAUGAAUAUACUCCAGUGAAGAUGUUACCUCCCCCCAUUGCUGCUUUCCAGGCUUCUGGUUGUCAGUCUGCGUAUGUGCCUACUGUUUCUUAUGCACCACCAGCCCCUAUCACUUCUGCUCUUCAUGGGUUUGUACCCAGCCAUUCAAACUUGAUACACCAGCAGCCAAGGCAACUCUCUCCCAAUCCAGCAGAAGACAUGCCCUGGUGGAGCAUUCAGCAAGCCACACCAGUUGCCCAUGCAUCUCAUAUUCCUCAUCCCCAUCACCGGUUCCCUAUCCAGAGAAGUUUCGUUUUAGGGCAUUCUGAUUUUGCACAAUAUCAGACUCAGAUUGCUGCAUUACUGCAAACUAAAUCUCCCCUAGCCACAGCCAGGAGAUGCAGAAGAUGCAGGUGCCCCAACUGCCAAACUUCCAGUGGUCCCGACGAGGCAGGCAAAAAAAAGCAGCACAUCUGCCACAUCCCAGGCUGCGGAAAAGUGUAUGGCAAAACCUCCCAUUUAAAGGCUCAUUUGAGGUGGCACUCUGGGGAAAGACCUUUUAUUUGCAACUGGCUGUUCUGUGGCAAAAGCUUCACCAGGUCAGAUGAAUUACAGAGGCACUUAAGGACUCACACUGGUGAGAAAAGGUUUGUCUGCCCAGAAUGUGGGAAAAGGUUCAUGAGAAGCGACCAUCUGGCAAAACAUGUAAAAACUCAUCAAAACAAGAAGAUAAAAAGUGUGGAAAGGACAGUGAAGCAGGAACAGAACAGGAACUAUUAGCUGAAGCCUGACACAUAUAUCUCCCGUGCAAUAUACACUAUUCUGGGUACUCCAAUUGGAUUAAUAACAAGCAUUCAAAUGUAAAUGGUCUCAGAACUUGAAUAACCUGUAUAUUUGUACAGGGCUCCUUCAGAUUUUUUUUCACUAUGGCUGUCUUGGGGAGGAUACUUGGUUUUCAUAUUCUGUGUAUAUUCUGUGUAUAUUUCUGUUGUUCCACACUAUGUGUGGAAAAUGAAUAACUUAAAUUUAAAAGACUUCAAAGCUUCUGCAAACUAUUUAAUGAUUUUGUGAAAUCCCUGUUUCAUUGGUUGCCCCUCCUCAGCAUGCCGUCCUUUGGUUCCGUAGGAAGAAAAUAAACAAUGGAGUCACUUGUUCAGGAGAUCA